ACAACCGCCAUAUAUUUUGAGCUUUUUUUUUUUUUUCCUGCCCAAACCUUCCAAUCGUUCUUUCAAUAACAGAGCAUCCUGGGAACAUCUGAUUUCAAUUGGCCCCUCUUGAACGUUAGGUCUGCGCUCUCUUCUCUUCCUCACCUAUAAAACGACCUUCAAAUUCUCGCCGAACGAGAGUCUCCGAUCAUAUAAUCCCAUGGCCUCGCCAAACUUGCGCCACGGUCGAUCAACGUCGUUCAGGGACUAUUCCGAGUCCGAGAAGUUGGAGGGCACUGGAAGCUUGGACUUCGGUUGGACUACCAUUGAGCCGGUUCCGCUGCCUGUUUCGCAUGUGAACUUGGAGUUCUUGCUUGAAGGGGAGCGGGUUGUAGCAGAGGGAUAUGGUGUUGUUCUUGUUAAUACUGAUGAGGCGGGUACGUUGUAUGUGACCAAUUUUCGUCUUCUUUUUUUGAGCGAGGGAACCAGAAAUAUUAUUGCGCUUGGCUCUAUACCACUGGCAACGAUUGAGAAGUUCAGCAAAAUGGUUGUAAAGAAUCAAUCGGGUCCUCGUCAAUCAGAUAAGACUUCAUCACGACGACUUCUCCAGAUUAUUGGCAAAGACAUGAGAAUUAUCAUCUUCGGUUUCCUUGCUCGAACAAAGCAGAGGCGUGCAAUAUAUGAUGCGUUACUUAGAUGCGCAAAACCGGCAAGACUCUGGGAUCUCUAUGCAUUUUCUUCUGGACCUUCCAAAUUUAGUAAUGCGAGCCCAAAGGUGCGGUUGCUGAAUGAGUAUUUUCGACUUCUUGGGAAAAGGUCCCAUAAUGCAUCAAUGAGUAUGAUUGAAGACGGUUCCUUUACACUGUCUAACGAGUUAUGGAGAAUCAGCAACUUAAAUUCCAACUAUACCAUGUGCGACAGCUAUCCAUUUGCCUUGAUUUUUCCAAAAUGCAUCAGUGAUGAAGAAGUGCUCCAGGCUUCUAAUUUUCGUGCAAGGUGCCGGUUGCCUGCAGUUUCAUGGUGUCAUCCUGGAACGGGGGCUGUGCUUGCGCGUUCGUCCCAACCCUUAGUCGGCUUGAUGAUGAAUAUGAGAAGCAAUGCUGAUGAAAAGCUUGUUGCUGCACUAUGUACUCAACUUGGCGGUGGAAAGGGAACAAGGAGGAAGCUUUACAUUGCGGAUGCAAGACCAAGAAGAAAUGCUCUGGCUAAUGGUGCUAUGGGAGGUGGUUCAGAGUCAUCUUCGAACUAUUUUCAAUCUGAGAUAGUUUUCUUUGGGAUAGACAACAUACAUGCUAUGAGGGAGAGUUUUUCUCGUCUUAGAGACUAUUUGGAUACUCAUGGCACCACUUCGUCGGAUGGAAUGUCAUCAUUCUUGAGGCAUGGUGGUUGGACUUGGGGUGGGGGAAAUCUCAGCAGUAUGUCUGCCUCGGUAUCGACACUUGGGGACAGUGGCUGGUUAAUACAUGUUCAGAGUGUCUUGGCUGGUUCCGCUUGGAUUGCUGCACGAGUUGCAUUGGAAUCAGCAUCAGUGCUUGUACAUUGCAGUGAUGGAUGGGAUAGAACGACUCAGUUGAUUUCACUUGCCAGUUUGUUACUUGAUCCCUUCUACCGAACGUUCACUGGUUUUCAGGCACUUGUUGAGAAAGAUUGGCUAGCCUUUGGACAUCCAUGUUCAGAUCGCAUGGGAAUGCCAACAAUAUCUGGAAGCGAGAACGUGCCUCUUGAAUUGUCUAGGCAGUCUUCAACUGGGAAUUUUCCCUCAUCGCCCAUGCGCCAGUCAUCAGGGUCACACACAUCUCAAGCUCCAAAUUCUUCUCAUGCUCAGAACAAUUAUUCUCCCAUAUUUAUGCAGUGGGUUGAUUGUGUUUCACAACUGUUGCGGAUGUAUCCUUUUGCAUUUGAGUUCUCCUCUGCGUUCUUGGUGGAUUUCUUGGAUUGUGUGCUCUCCUGUCGUUUUGGAAACUUCUUCUGCAAUAGUGAGAAGGAGAGGCAGCAAUGUGGUGUCUCUGAAGCUUGCGGAUGCUUGUGGGCAUACUUGGCUCAUUUGCGGGUUUCAGAAGGAAGUUCUCACAUGCACUAUAACCUCUUCUAUGAUCCAUCUAAGCAUGACAGUCCCUUAUUACCUCCAGCUGCAGCUUUAGCCCCAACUUUGUGGCCUCAAUUCCAUCUACGAUGGGCUUGUCCCUCAGAAGCCCAAGCUGGAGAGCUUGAAGCCCAAUGUAGACGCAUGGCUGUGAAAUUUUCUGAACUGCAGAAGGUAAAAGAAGUAGCUGAAAGAAAAGCCAAAGAAACAGCGGUUGCCAUGGAAUCAUUAGCCGUGGAUUUACGAAAUGAAAAGAAGAUUAGUAGCUCAGCUUUGAACUUGGCCACGAAUGCCAGCAAGGAAAAUGAAGCCAUAAAGAGAGCUGUGGAGACCCUAGGGUGCAAGGUUCACUUUUCAAAGAGUGGUGAUUGUACCGUUGGCAUUGAAAGCAACACAACAGAAACUCGACAGAAGUCUGGUUGUUCUCCUUCAAGAAGGGAACCUGAUGGUAACAUGCAGGGUGAUGAGAAACCAGACCUCUCCGUUUCAAUUACUAUGAUGGAAGAUGAUGGUUCAAUUGGUCGAGUGUGUGAAACUUUAUGCCCGUUCCGCACACGGGAUGGAGGCUGCAGAUGGCCAGAUGCUGGUUGUGCUCAGCUAAGGAGCCAAUUUGUUGGACUAAGGGCAAAUUUUGAUGCAUUUGAUCGGCUUUCUAUUUAUGACAGUUAUUUUGAGUCGGAGUGACUUCAAUAAUGAGUUGCUGGAUUCUGCCAUUGAUAUAGAUUUCUUGAAAGAGAUUAGAGCUCAAAGCUAGAAAGCUUUAUUUAGACAGAAGAGCCUUUCCAUUGAAGGAACAUGGAGGCAGGAGAUAGAAAUUGGCCCUAGUACUUUGGACAGGUCGCGGGACAAUUUGUACAGCCUAUAGAGUUUAGCUGUGUAUGAUUGUAGCAAAGAGAUAUCAAGGGAGGAGACAGAAGCUUGAUAUGAUACAAGCAAGAGUUUCUUAUACUAUGAUAGUCCAGGAUAUACAUCAUUGGGGGGUUUUCCUUCAAAAUAAACCAUGACCGGCCAUUCCUUUCCUGAACUCCUUGCGUACAGAUUUUGUAUCUUUCAAUUCUUUGUAAUUUCCUUACUGGCAUCCAUGUAUUCCAGUUCUGUCAUGAUAAAAUACAUGUUUUGCGAAAGAAAAGCCCUCGGACAU